GCUCCCUCCCUCACAAUUCAUCUGUCUGUAUUCGUUGUCCAGCACCGUGUCUCCACUGCCGAUUGAAACCAAACAUAUACUUGUCACUGCGUCGGCCCGAACCUGAGAGAUCACAAGGUCGCGCAUCACAAGAUGCUGGCUUCCUUCAACGCCUUCCCCUCCGCACGUUUUACGCGGUAGAACUUCGGAAGCCGUUUCGGCGCUCAUCUCAUGACUGGAAUUUGAUCGCCUGGGGACACUUAAAUUGGAGGCAUAUACCAGCGAAACUCUUUGCUGCACGACAUGUUUGCACACCUCUCCUCGGUUCUGCUCACUGCGGCUGCUCUUGUCUUGGUUCAAGGCAAGAAGUUCGGCGUCAAACCAGGACAAAUCAAGAAUCUGGUGACAUUUGGGGACAGUUACACGGACGUGGUUAGCACUGGCGACCAAGGCGUGGCUUGGCCAGUAUACGCCGCCGACUACGCAAAAGUCGCGCUCCAUCCUUUCGCCCGGUCCGGGGCCACUUGCUCCAAUAAUUUGACCUCCCGCCCGUUCCCACCGGUUUUCGGAAGUCAGAUUCCUCUGUAUCUCGCUGAAACAUCCAAUGGCUCUCUCGUUCUGCCUGCGGAAGAGACGGUUUACACGUUGUGGAUUGGAACCAACGAUUUGGGUGUGUCUGCGUUGUUGACUGGUGGACAAACACCCGGCGUGUCGCUGGUGGAUGUGACACAGUGUAUGGUCAAUUGGGUCACGACCUUGUAUCAGAACGGAGCUAGAAACUUCAUCUUCCAAAAUAUGAUCCCGCUGGAACUUACCAUCCUGUACAAUGCGCACUCCUAUCCGAACCGCUACUGGACAUUCGAACGCAACACAACAGAAUGGAGCAUUCUCAUGACGGAAAUGUCUCGGUCUGGAAACAGAAUGACCCAAUUAAUGCUCCAGGCACUGGCGCCGACUCUCAAAGAUGCACAUAUAGCUCUCUUUGACUCACAUUCCUUGUUCCAAGACAUGUUCGACCAUCCAGCCAAGUAUCUCAAUGGAACAGCUCCUCUCAAUGUCACUGGAUGCUGGAACUCCUGCGUUGCACCCCUCGGCGGUGGCACUCUGAACUGCACAGUCGCCCAUGGAACCGAUCGGGACAGUUUCCUAUGGGCUGAUGAGCUUCAUCCGAGUGAACAAGCAGACAGGAUUGUGGCGAGGGAAAUUGCGUUGACGCUUGAGGGCAAGGACAGUCAGUGGACGACCUGGCUGAGCUGAAUGUCGUACUUUCUUGUUGUAAACGGGCUGUGCAUUGGCGAUCUAAGCGGCGCGAUCGUAGUGCGCAAGACUCGAGGCAGAUCAAACCACGUUGCUUCAUGCCCGUUCAGAACCUUGUUCUCACUUACUAAAAAUGCCCUUCUGUACUCUCUUUCUACCACAUCCUUGCUCCAAUUUUUCGCAAUGGCUACCUCGUUUGUGACCACAACCACUAUCCAGGAGAUCGAAGAGCAUGAUGGAGACCUUGAGGAAGAGAUUGACAUCUACGCGGACGCGCCGAGUUUGCCGGUCACAUUUAUCCCGCAACUCUUCCUCCAGCGUCGUAUCUGGAUCUUGGAUAUCCUUCGUAGGGAGAGCAUAGUCGACGUCCUGGAUGUCGGCUGCGGUGAAGGCCAGUUGCUCUCAGUUCUAGCGCAACCUGCGCCUUGGCUGCCUCCGCCUCCACCUUCACUGCUACCAAGCAAUCUAAAUAUUGUCUACCAACCUGAAGUUCCCGACCUACAUCCGAGGAGGAUCGUUGGACUCGACAUCGAUGAGAACGAACUACUGUUUGCAGCCAAAGGCAUUCAACCGCCUGACCCUCGCGAUGGAGAAUUCUCCAAGUUCACCGCGCCGCUCACCCGAUGGCAGGACCUCAAUGCGAAAGUAUGGAAAGGCGGUUUGGAAGUGUUCAAUCAGGAUUUCGUGGGCGUGGAGUGCAUUGUGUGUACCGAGGUCAUAGAGCAUCUUCCUCCUGAUGUUUUCCCUGCCCUAGCGCCGAUGCUGCUUGGUGUCUAUCAUCCUAAGCGCCUCCUGCUGACGACACCCUCCUACACUUUCAAUGAUCGCUUCACGCGUCCGGGCUCCUCGCGUGCUACCAGAGCCCGGCAGGCUUUCGAAGACCCCACUGGAAGAACCGACCGCCUCUUCCGGCAUUCCGAUCACAAAUUUGAGUGGACCGUGGCCGAAUUCGAGACUUGGUGUCGUGCGUCGGCUGUUGAGUGGGGUUAUGAGCUGGAGGAGAUGGGCGGUGUCGGUCAGCCAUGUGAAGAAGAUCCAUGGGGAAGAGAGAAAGAGCUUGGAUAUGCCUCGUUGGUGGUGUCGUUCAAACGCGCGGAUGAUGACGAGGUCAAGCUGGCGGAUAAAGCCGGGCAAGCCCGAGCAGUUCUCGAGUCUCUCAACCUGCCUCAAGGACCCGCGCACUCGGUGGUUGCUGAGCACGAACACCGCGCGCACGAACGCUCUGGGCGGCUGCCUACUCCCCAGUCUAUACACACAAUCGGAGAGCUGGUCAAGUCCAAAAUGGAGUAUUCGCGCGAGGCUCUCGUCAACCUGGAGCAAAUGUGGCUGCUCGAACCUGAAUUGGCGAAGCUAUGUGGUGGAUGGCUGGAAGUGUUGAUCUGGGCCGUCGAGGCACACGAAGAGUUGAGUUUACUGCGGGGGGAGGGAACACUCGACUGGGCCAUCGAGCUUGUCGGAGGGCUGACAGAAUCGCCGGUGCUUUGGAACGAGGCGGACACAAGUGUUGAUCUGAUUCCACCGGGUUGGAUUCCCGGCCAUGAUUUGGAUGAGCCGAUGGAAAGCGACAGCUUUUCAUCCACUGGUGCUGACGACGGCGACGAUGACUCUUGGGACGGGUCUGUAACGGAAGACCGUGGGGACGAAAACGACGCGAUAUCCAUUCUGGCGGCUCACGAAGAUGAUGAGGAGAACGAGGUCCCUCCUUGGGGCAACACUGAAGAAGUGUGGGGCAAAACUGAAGGCGGUUGGGGCGAUGCUGUAUAAUCUUUCCUGUAUUUAUUGCAGAAUCCGCAUGUUCCAAGAUCAGAUCCAUGCAAGAUAGAUAAACAGUGUUGAUGGACCUGAUAUAUCCGAGUGAGGGAAUGUCCACCGGCUG